AUGCGUUCCACUCUUGCGACAACAGCCUUGCUGUCGUUGGCAUCGUCAACAUGGGCCCUGCUCAAGGCUUCGGAGAACAACAGCAGUCUGACCAUCUCCAAUGAGCGUCUUGUCGCAGGGGUCAGCAAGACCCGUGGCUAUAUCAAUCUGCUCACACUUGACGGACAGAACUUGCUGGGCAAGGAGGAUGGCAACACUGGUGUAGGGCCAUAUCUCGACUGCUACUGCACUCCUUCUGGGUUCUGGACGCCUGGUCGGGGCACCAAGGUCGAUUACAAGCUGUUCAACGGUACAGAUGCGUCAGGCGUUAAGUAUGGCGGCAUCAGCAUGGGCGAGACAUACGCGCCUACGGGCCAACGUCUGGAACAGUACUGGUUCCUGAGAGAAGGUGAAACGGGCCUGCACACGUUCAGUCGCGUUGCUUACUACAACGAGACCACGCCGUUCCUGCGCAACCUCCAGGAGCUCAGGACUAUGUUCAGGCCUAAUCAUGAUCCCCCCCUGUUUACUCACUUUGUGACCAACGAGGAGUUUGACGCUCCUAGACCAAACACCGAGGGUCAGGUGGUUGUGCAAGAUGCGACUUGGUACUUACCCAACAAAGAUGACUCUUAUGUCCAAGGCGUUGGUGAUUACUUCACCAAAUACACAUUUCAGGAUACUUGGAGAAAGCAUAAAGCACAUGGGAUGUGGGCAGACGGAUCCGGCAGCGCUAAUGGCACGACAUACGGCGCAUGGCUGGUGCACAACACGGUCGAGACUUACUUUGGCGGGCCGUUGCAUUCGGAUCUUGUGGUGGACGGUAUCGUCUACAACUAUAUCAGCAGCAACCACCAUGGCGACCAGACUCCUAACAUCACCAAUGGUUUUGACAGGACCUUCGGACCGCAAUACUACCAUUUCAACAAGGGUGGCUCUCUCGAUGAGCUCCGUGCCGAUGCUGAGCAGUACGGUCUUAAACCGAGCUGGAACGCGAAAUUUUAUGACUCCAUUGCCAAGCAUGUUCCCAAUCUGGUCACCGCAGCUGGCCGUGGUACGUUCAAAGCCAAGAUCGAUCUCCCAAAAGGUGCUCGAAACGUGCUCGCUGUUCUUGCACAGACCGGCGUAGACUUCCAGGACAACGUUUUCGAUACGAAAGCCUAUCAGUACUGGGCCGAGGUUCCCUCGAACGGCGAAGCGAGCAUUGAUCGCGUCAAGGCUGGCAGCUACCGCCUCACAGUAUAUGCGGAUGGUAUUUUCGGCGACUUCACUCAAGACGACAUUAAAGUUGCGGCGGGAAAGGAAACCAACGUCAAGGCGAAAUGGAAUCCUGAAAGCGCUGGCACUGAACUUUGGCGCAUUGGCACACCUGACAAGUCCUCUGGGGAGUAUCGUCACGGCUACACGCAGUCUCCCACGCACCCUCUCCUUACCGACGAAUAUAGGCUCUACUGGGCCGACUACGACUUCGUGACAGAAUUUCCUGAUGGUGUCUCCUACAAAGUCGGUCGCGACGACCCCUCCAAGGCGCUCAAUUAUGUCCACUGGAGCAUUUUUGGUGGCAAGGCGAACUACGAGCGUCCUGAGCCCGUCUACGAAAACAUCAACAACUGGACUAUCUUAUUCGAUACUAAGGCCCAGCAGCUUAAGAACAAAAAGACUGCAACCUUCACGGUCCAGCUUGCCGGUGCCAAGUCUGCAGCGGGCAACACAGAUAUCUACAACGCAAGCGAGCCAUACUCCAACCUCCCUUACACUGUCAAUGUUAAUGGGAAAGACUUGCAGCCAUGGGUCAUCCCCUAUCACCAUUCCAGCUCUUGUGCUGUUAGAUCAGCUGUUGUCUGCUACAACAUCGCGAAUAAAUUUGUAUUCGAUGCUAAGCUGCUCAAGGAGGGCGAGAACACGUUUGUACUGAGUCUCCCAUACGGUGGGAAGAACUACGAGAGCGCUGUUCUGCCUGAGGCUUUGUACGUGCAGUAUGAUGCAAUGAGGUUGGAGGUGAAGUAG